GGCGUUCGGAUUAACGCAAGUCAAUGGUGUGUGCAAUUGUGUUGGCAUUUAUUUAGUGCGCGCGCCUAUUAUUCCUAUUCAUUUUUCUCUCUCGAUUUUUUUGCAGUGAAAUUUUAGUGCAUUAUUAGAUAUAUUUUGAAUAAUCUAGUGUUUUACUGUAAUUAAAUGGGCAACUAGUGUUUUUGCUUGAUGAAAAUAUUUCAAGCAAUAAAUCACGGAUUCAAAUUAGCUGAAGCAAAAAAACUAAAUAGAGUUGCCGAUGUUAUGCACUAUUUGAUUGCCAUUGUGAGAGAAAAGAGGCACAAAUGGAAAUAAGUCGUGAAAGCCUUGGAGAACGAUCGCCUGAUUUAUUCUCCGAUGAAGAUGAUUUAGAAACAGACACCAAUACAAACCAACGUUCUAUCGAUGAUAUAAACGAUAGCCUUUUGUCAAAUAAAGAUGACGAAAAAGAGAAUAAUUUCGAUAAUUCUAUUGAAAAGACCGAAAAAACGAUCAGCAAACGAAUAACAAAUUUACUAUCAGGUGUUAUACCACCGCCGUCGGUCACUUAUGUUCAAUAUGAUAUUGGCAAUUUGCUAUCCAUGUACAAAAGAAAUUUUGCGCUUAUGGAUUCAGACAAUGACAACAAAACGGACGGCACCAAGCAAUCAGACAUUUGUGAUCAAAUUUUCACGAGGCCACUCAAUCCUGAAGCGAUUGAAAAUAUAAAAUGGCCCGAAAUUGAAAUGGUUAAUGCAUAUGGUGUGCAUUAUAAUCGUACAAGGUAUACGGAAAACAUUGAAUCGAUGUACAUGAAAUUGGUUGAAAGGAAUGUUGGCCAAGAAACUGGAACCUCAUUUACAUUUAAUGCAUCGAUGAGUGCUAAAAAGAAACAAAUACGAAAAAUAAUGGCAUCGCCCGGGAACCGGUUGAGCCAUUUGGCGCGGAGGCGGGCCAUUUUCUCUUCAGCCAAUUUAUUAUCUCAAUCAAAUCUGUCAAAUGUAUCAAAAUUAGGAACAAAACCAUGUAUAAUUGAUACUUCAAAAUUAAGCAGAAAAGAAAAAGUCACAACACCAAAACGACGUGCAUUAGGAAAUCGACGAACUCCAGGUCGUAAAACGCCAGGUUCGUUAAAAAAGAGUGCAAGCAAAAUUGUGCCGGUUGUGCCGAAAUUUGGUACGGCCACCCGUGAAACAUCGAAACGUGCGUUAUUUUUGAGUCCAACUCAAGAGGAGGUUAAAAAUCCAGUGCCAGUUUCGAUAUCCUCCGACUUAUCACGACGCAUUGAAAAGUCAAAGCGAGCGUUAUUUUCACCGAAUCGUCCACGAUUGGAACGAUCAAUAUCAAAUGUCAGUAGUUCAAGUUGUUCAAAUUCGGCAUUCAAUAUGUUAAACGAUUCCAACAAAAAGUCAAAUAACCAUCCCGAUCGGUUCAGUUUUAAUCGAACAAGUAGUGAUGUAUCGAUUUGUUCGAAACGAAGACUCGAACCAGACGAUGAGAAUAUGGAACCGCAUCGCAGUAAAUUUCAACGUACUGAACAUCUAAAAAGCAGCUUUAUACAAAAAUGGAAUUCGGAUAAUACGAUGUACCAAAAUAAUCAAUUAUCAGCUAGCCACAAGCAGAAAUUGUUAUGGGCCGUAUCAACGGCGCUUAAGAAAAAAUCAAUAACCUCUGCUCACAGUAAUUUCAAUCAGUACGGUUCGAUUUUGGGAAAAGUGGUAAAAAGACUGUAUUUGGAAUCGUUACCAACAAAAACCGAAAGCACAAGCGGAACUAUGCUUCGGCUGGCGGAUCGUUUGGUAUUUUUCGUACUUCAAGGCAAAACGGUGGACGAAAUUUAUUUGGAAGAGAAAGCGCGAAUGGAUACAACGAAAACAAAUGCGGCCAAAAGAUUAAGCGGUUAUAUCAAUCGUGAUGAGUAUUUGAUGCGGCUCGAUGCAUCGAAUAAACUGAAUUCAAGCACACAAUCGAUAACCGGUGGUGACCUAUUGACGACAUCUAAUGAAAAUGACAAUAGCCGUAAACCACUAACAAAUAGUUCGUCAAAAUGUAAUGUUGGCACAAGUGCAUUACGUGAAAAUCACGAUUCAAAAUCGGCACAAAAACAAACGUCGAAUGUUAGCUUCUCCGGCCGCAAUCAGAAAAAUCUCAGCCCAUACAAUGAUAAAUCGCGAUCGAUCACCAAUUUGAAUAAGUCAAACAAAUUGAUACCCGCUACAAAUUCGAACAUCUUAAAAGUUAAACGACAAAUAUCUUUUGAUAACUGACAACAACUUAUAAGUUCAGUGGAACUCAAUUGUUAAUAUUUAAAAGGGAAGCAACAACAGAGAAGAAAAAACAAGAAUUGUUUUAGUCAUUUCUAAUAGAUUGUGUAUUGAAAUAAUAAUAAUAAUAAUAAUAAUAAGAUUA